AUGGCGAGGUUGGAGGAUUGUCGUAGCAUCAACCAUUUUCUCAGUAUGGUGAACUUAGGGGUUCCUCGCAACAGUAGCCAUAUGUUAGAUAUGAGAUGGAAUGCAUCUUGGGCAAUUGAAAACAAAGACCCUCAAUUGAAAACUUCCAAUUUCAUUGAAAGUCAAUGUUCAGUGCUUACACAGAGGUCAAAUGUGGGUGUGCUUGAAAUUGGCGCUGGUGUGGGUGGUUCAUGGGAUUUUUAUGUUGCAGAUGGCAAUGUUGGUUUAACAGUGGCUGUUUGUUCAAAUUUGGACAGGGAAGAAACUGAUUUUGAGGAUAAUGAUGAGGUUAUUGCAGAAUAUAUUAGAGAUUUUGAGUAUGAACAAAGUGAUGAUGCCCUGAAUGUUGAUGAAACUGCAGAGAAACAUUUGAAGGGAAUAGAAAAGAGGGCAGUAGACAUUGAUGAUGUGAAAGAUUUACCAAUUUUUGAGUCUGAUUCAGAUUACAUUCCAAGAGAUAGCUCUGAGAGUGAUGUUGAUGAUAGGACAGAGCAUGGUGAGGGCUCAAAGUUUCACAAGCCAAGAAAGUGGACUAAAAAAACAAAGUUACCACAAUUGACAGAGUUUAAAGCUGAUGUUGAUAUAGAGAAGCCAGUUUUCAAGUUGGGUUUGGUCUUUAGCUCAGGGGCUGUGUUUAAACAAGCUGUGAGGGAAUAUGCAAUAAUGAAUGGAAAAGAUAUUUCUUUUAAGAAAAAUGAUCCUCAUAGAGUAAGAGUUGUUUGUCGCGGUGUAAACUACCCUUGGGUGUGUUUUGCCUCAAAGAUAGAUGACAGUCAAACAUUCGUCAUCAAGACUUAUAUCAACGAACAUAAGUGUUCGAGGAACAACACCAAUCGUUUUGCAACUUCAAAGUGGUUGUCAAAAAAGUAUUUAGAUGAAUUUAAGAGUAAUGAGAACUGGCGUCUUUCAGCAUUCAUUCAAAAAGUCAGCAAAUACCAUGUGCUAGAGGUUUCAAAACAUAAGGCAUACAAAGCCAAGCGACUAGCAACCAAAACCAUCGAAGGUACUUAUGAAGAACAGUACACUGCGCUUUAUGAUUAUGCUGAGGAGAUCAAGUAUACCAACAAGGGUUCAACUGUUGAAUUUCUGACAGAUAUGGCACCGAAUGGAAAACCGCGAUUUAAAAGGAUGUAUAUUUGUUAUGCAGGCUUAAAGAAUGGUUUCAGUGAAGGAUGUAGACCUGUGAUUGGUUUAGAUGGGUGUCAUAUCAAGGGGCCACACCAAGGACAACUCUUAACAGCAAUUGGGAUAGAUGCAAAUAAUGGCAUGUACCCUAUUGCAUUUGCUGUGGUUGAGAUUGAAAAUAAGGAUUCAUGGUCGUGGUUUAUGAACUUGUUGAAGGAGGAUUGUAAGAUAUUGAAUUCAAAUCAUUGGACAUUCAUCACAGAUAAACAGAAGGGAUUGGAACAGGCUUUGAAGGGUAUGUGGGAGGAAGGUGUACCAGAAGCAGAACACAGACAUUGUGCAAGACAUUUAGAAAAGAAUUUUAGUAAAGUAUAUAAAGAAAAGACACUUAAAGAUCUUAUAUGGAAGGCUGCAAGACAAGUCACUAUAACUGGGUUCCAUGCAGUUAUGGAAGAGAUUAAGAAUGAGAAUGAGCAAGCAUAUGAAUGGUUACUGGAAAAAGGGCCUAUACAUUGGAGUAGAUCCCAUUUUAGGACUCAUCCUCAAUGUGACAUACUAUUGAACAACUUAUGUGAAUCUUUCAAUGGAUUGAAGGCUAUCUUGGCUGCCAGAGACAGACCAAUCUUGUCAAUGCUUGAAAGAAUUAGGAUGUAUUUGAUGCAAAGACUUACCACCAAACGACAUUCAGUGGUUAUGUGGCAUUCCAACAUUGCACCUAAGAUUGUUGAAAUUUUAUAG